AUGUCGGUGCCAAAUGGUUUCCGGCGAUCGCCAGGUAAUCCUGACGGAUACGACAAAACUUACGAAGAUGAUCAUGACUCCGAUCUCGACCUUGACGAAUUAGACCCUCAAACAACAUUAACGACUGCUACGAAUAUCCGGAACCCCGUUGAUUUCGGCCGGCGCAUACCACUUCAGAAUCUUCGCUUUGCCGGUCGCCGAACCAACCGGUACGAUGACGAGACGGAUGCAGAACAGUUGCAGGGCCUGGUGGAGAAUGAGACAGCAUACGGAAGCGGAGCGUCGAGAACUCGCAAUAUGGGUGUGAGGCAUCGCAGAACAUCAGAGGCAGACUUGCGCCGCGGACCCAUGCAGAAGCUGAAGUCAUACCUUCCCUUUACGAAAAAGGAGCGGGCGAUCUCACUUCCCUCUGCACUCGCCAAUAACGAUGACGACCUAGAGGAGGAGCAUGAUCCAACAGCAACCAGAACCAUAAGUGUUGGGCAGAAACAACCGACCCGAUUUCCCCUCAACGCUGUCUCCAACGCCAAAUACACACCAUGGUCGUUCAUACCUGUGACUCUAUUCAAUGAGUUCAAAUUUUUCUUCAACAUGUACUUCUUGCUGGUCGCCCUGUCCCAAAUUAUCCCGGCUCUGCGCGUUGGCUAUCUCUUGACAUAUAUUGCGCCUUUGGCGUUUGUCUUGUGCAUCACUCUGGGAAAGGAGGCUUACGAUGAUGUGUACCGGCGGAAAAGGGAUAACGAAGCAAACAGUGAGCCAUACACUGUGUUACAUUUCGAUCGGAGUGAGGCUGCUCUGCGCAGUGCUCGUGAGAGUGCGGCGACGCUCAGGGAUUCGGGAUUGUCGGAGAAAAAGAAAGGCAAGCGCAGGGCAGUAACAGAGGACAAUAAUGGCAAUUUGCAAUCACGAGAGGGUCCAGCCCAGAGUAGCUGCAGCUCGCGCGUCACAGAAAUUCUAAAGUCAUCUCGGGAUCUCAAGGUUGGAGACGUUCUAGUACUCGGGAAAGAUCAAAGAGUACCCGCCGACGUAGUGUUGCUUAAAAGCUUCGCCACGGAGGCAUCAAUUCCAACAAGACAUGCAGCACCCGAUGGCGCCUCAUCAGAGGCCGACCUUGGGGCAAGCUCUGGUGGCCCGUUGACCUCUUCGGAAUCGGAACAGGGAGGCGGCGGCGAAGCUUUCAUUCGCACUGACCAGCUUGAUGGUGAAACCGACUGGAAGCUUCGUUUGGCAUCGCCAGUUGCCCAGAAUCUUCCUGUGAGCGAGUAUGUGCGGCUUCAAAUCGUUGCAGGCAAACCAGACAAAAAGGUCAACGAUUUUGUCGGAACAAUAGAGCUUGCUGCUAGUAACGACGCGCCAUAUGAUUCGGCGGCAGGGACUAUAUCUCCCUCAUCGGGUCCAUCCAGUCCUCUGAACAUUGAUCACACAGCGUGGGCUAACACAGUGCUGGCAUCUUCGACAACGGUCCACGCGGUCGUUGUGUACACCGGAUCGCAGACUCGGGCAGCACUAUCCACCUCGCCUUCAAGAUCAAAGACUGGUCUGCUGGAAUACGAAAUCAAUUCGCUCACUAAGAUAUUGUGUUUCUUAACGGCAGCACUAAGCAUCGUGUUAGUAGCGCUAGAAGGUUACCAAGAUCACGGCGACCAGGCCUGGUAUCUAGCUGCCAUGCGAUUCUUAGUCUUAUUCAGCAGCAUUGUGCCUAUUUCCUUGCGGGUCAAUCUGGAUAUGGGAAAGAGUGUAUACGCGUGGCAAAUUCAUCGCGAUCCAGGCAUUCCCGGCACUAUUGUUCGGACAAGCACCAUCCCGGAGGAUCUUGGCCGAAUCGAAUACCUCCUGAGCGACAAAACCGGAACAUUAACGAGAAAUGAAAUGGAACUGAAGAAGAUCCACGUUGGAACUGUUAGCUAUGGCGGCGAAGCCAUGGAGGAAGUCAGCAGCUACGUCGAGCAAGCAUUUGCGGCAGGAGUAGAAAUUGGUGCAAGCGAUUUGUUCUCGCCAUCAACGGCGACCAACUUUCUCGGAGGCUCAACUCGGACAAGACGAGAGAUUGGUCUUCGAGUUCGUGAUCUCGUCCUGGCACUCGCGCUCUGCCACAAUGUGACUCCCACUAUGGAAGAGGGUGAGGAUGGGACGCCUGUCAUCUCCUAUCAAGCCUCUUCACCCGACGAGAUCGCCAUCGUACAAUGGACGGAGCAGGUUGGCUUGCGCCUUGCGCAUCGAGAUCGCAAAAGCAUCUCGCUACAGUUCACGGGUGAUCAGCGCUUAGCGGUCAAGGUAGAAAUCCUGAACGUCUUUCCGUUCACCAGCGAUAGUAAACGCAUGGGUAUCAUCGUCCGCUUCGUGCGCGACGCUAGCGUCGACAAGGAUGAGGAUGGAGAGAUUGUGUUCUUCCAGAAAGGUGCAGACACCGUCAUGACCACGAUUGUUGCAGCAAACGAUUGGCUCGACGAAGAAACGGGCAACAUGGCACGCGAGGGCCUCCGGACACUGGUCGUCGGCCGGAAAAACCUGAGCAAACAGCAAUACGUGGCAUUCUCGACGGCUCAUGCAGCAGCGGCGAUGAGCUUGUCGGGCCGCGACGCAAACAUGGCGGCAGCUGUGAAGCAGCAUUUGGAGAACGACCUGGAGCUGCUUGGUGUGACGGGCGUUGAAGACAAGCUCCAGCCGCAUGUCAAACCUUCGUUGGAGCUGCUGAGAAACGCCGGCAUCAAGAUCUGGAUGCUCACGGGUGACAAGGUGGAGACCGCUCGCUGUGUUGCCAUUUCCUCCAAGCUGGUCAGCCGAGGCCAGUACAUCCACACAAUUGCAGGCCUGAAGCGAAGAGAAGCCGCACUGGAAGCGCUGAGCAUGCUGGACACACAGCCAAAUGCUGCCCUAUUGAUCGAUGGACAGUCCCUAGCUCUUUACCUGCAGUAUCAUCGGGAUGCUUUCAUCUCUCUGGCCGUCACGCUGCCGGCGGUCAUAGCAUGCCGAUGUUCGCCUACGCAGAAAGCCGACGUCGCGCAUCUCAUCCGUGCCUACACCAAGAAGCGCGUGGCCUGCAUCGGUGACGGUGGCAACGACGUCAGCAUGAUCCAAGCGGCGGACGUGGGCGUUGGCAUUGUUGGCAAAGAAGGCCGACAGGCUUCACUCGCAGCGGAUUUCAGCAUCACACAAUUCGCGCAUCUGACCAAAUUGCUCGUCUGGCAUGGACGGAACAGCUACAAACGCAGCGCCAAGCUGGCACAAUUCGUCAUCCACCGCGGUCUGAUCAUCGCCAUCUGUCAGACCGUAUUCAGCAUCGCAUCCGACUUCGAGCCGAUUGCGCUUUACCGGGAUUGGCUGCUCGUCGGGUAUGCGACAGUUUACACCAUGAUGCCUGUGUUCAGCCUCGUGCUCGAUCGCGACGUCGACGAAGGCCUCGCGAAUCUCUACCCCGAGCUGUACAAGGAGCUUACCACCGGGCGGAACUUGAGCUACCGGACGUUCUUCAUCUGGGUGGGAAUCUCCAUCUACCAGGGACUCAUCAUCCAAGGCGGCUCGGAGCUACUUGUGCCAGGAUUUACCACCCGAGCCGCCGCCGAUGGGACCUCCACUCUCGAGACGGAAGGGUUCAAGAGCAUGGUGGCCGUUUCGUACACGGUGCUGAUCAUCAACGAGAUUGUCAUGGUGGCAGCGGAGAUCACCACCUGGCACCCGGUCAUGAUCUUCAGCAUCUUGGGCACGGCCGCCAUCUAUUUCGGCAGUCUGCCAUUCCUGGGGAGCUACUAUUCGUUGAAGUUCGUCGUCUCACUCGGCUUCUGGUGGAGAGUGGCCGGGAUCGCGGCGGCCAGUCUGGUGCCGGUGUACGCGGCGAAAUUGAUCCGCCGUACCGUCCGGCCGCCGAGUUAUCGCAAGGUGCGCGGCGUAUGA